AUGUCACCACCGCCGGGGUACAGGCCACCACCAACUGGGUACGCGCCGCCACCACCAAUGUAUGUGCCGUCGUCGGCCACUCAAGCACCACCGCCUGCCCAUGAUCCUACUCGCAUGGCCACGCUUGAAGGCAACGUCACCACUCUUCAAAACGCGGUCGACUUAAUGGCCGCUAAUAUGGCCGAGAUGAUGGCCUUGCUCAGGGGGCCAAAUCGCGCGUCUUCGAGCUCCAUCCCGCCUCUCGCACGCGGGCCAACUGUCGAUCCCGCUCCUUGGGUCCCGCCAACCCAUGAACCAGAAGGUGACAUAGCGGCUGCCCCCGCGCCGACAAUUAUCCCAGUGCCCGCUCCUCAUCCGACGCGCGCGCCGGCAAUUCACCUGGUCGACUUUGGCCUUCCUCAGUCCACCAUUCCAGCAAUCGCCUCACUUCCGCCCAUGACGAUUCCCGUGCCAGAUACGGUUAUGUUCGCACCACCUCCCGUGCCCAUGCCAGCUCCAGCUACCAUUUAUACUGCUCCUCCGCCGAUGGGCUUCCCGGCAUCGAGUGCCCCUUUCGUUGUCGCCACUUUCCAAGAAAGUCUAUCGGGAUCGGCCCUUAACUGGUUCAUGUCUCUCCGAGCGGAGGACAUCCCCUCCUGGACCGAACUGGCCAAGAAGUUUGUUGAGCAGUAUCAGUAUAACAUGGAGACGCCCCCGUCCUUCCUCGAGUUGAGCACGAUGGAAAUGGCAGAGGGGCAAAAGUUUGAGGAUUUUGCCACGAAUUGGCGUUCGGAAGCAGCAAAACAUUUCCCUCCAAUUUGCGAAGCGCAGCAAAUCCAAAUGUUUCAUGGGACUCUCAAAGGGGCUUACUACUCUCACCUCAUGGGUCACAAGUCUACUUUCUCUGAGAUGAUUAUGGCCGGGAAGCAGGUAGACCUGAGCAUCAAACUUGGAAGGUUAGAGGGCCCGACAAAGAAAGGGGAAGGAGAGUCCUCGAGGAAGACUGCCUCAGCAGCCACCCCCACUGGCGGCAGAAGGAUUAAGGAGGCAUCGGUCAAUGCCGUCAAUGUGGGCCACAACGCGCCGCAACAGUACUCGACCCCGCAGUACAGGCCUCCGGCUUCGAGAACUCCUCAGCGGACGCAACAGGCCCCAGCCCCACAGGGUCAACAAGGCGGCGCAAUGCAAGCUCGGCAGCCCAUACAGUUCACACCCCUGCCUACCCCGCUCUCCCAUAUAUGCAGGCAACUAUUAGCCGGCAACAUGAUCCGACGAACGGUUCCCGGUCCCAGUUUCGUUCCGGCAAACCAAGAUCAGAGUCUACGCUACGAGUACCAUUCAGGUGCACCCGGGCACACCACCGACAACUGUUGGAAAUUGCGGGAGGAGGUUCAGAAGUUGAUCAAUAGUAAAAAGAUCUCCUUCAAUGCCAUUAGGCCCCCAAACGUGCAAGCUAACCCUCUCCCUGAUCACGGGUCGAGCUCGGGACCCACCAUUAAUAUGAUCAGUAUUUGCACUAUGAGAGAGGACGAGAGCCAACAGGAGGGCCCUACUCCAUUUAUAAUCGAGUAUGUCCCCGCGGAAGCCACCGUAGGGUUCACAGGGUCUAGUGCCGCACCUGCCCCGUUCAUAAUAGAAGUCCCCGUUCGAGAGCCGUACCAGGACAGCAAGGUUCCCUGGACCUACGAAGGAAGUAUCGGGAAUCUUGAGUAG